AUGGAUUUACAAAAUGAAAGUGUGUUUACUUUAGCUAUCAAAUGUUCUAAUAAACAUUUAUCUCCUACAGAGUUUGUUAACCUAUAUAAAGAAUUUUACAAUGAAAAGUUUGCUUCAGUUUUUGAAAAAGAGGAAGAAAAUGAAGAAACAGAAAACCAACAACAACAACAGCAUGGAACACAAGAGGAUCCUAAAGGGGAAAAUAUCAAGCCAAAAAAGUUAUAUGCAAGCCCAAAUGAGAAGGUGAAUAAUAUACAUACAGAUGAACAAAAUAGUUCAAUUAAAAAAACUGGAAGCGAUGCUGAUAUAAAUAAUAAGAGCCAACACGAUGAUUCUAUAAGUAAAAAUAUCAACAACGAAAGACGAAAAUUGAUGGAUAUAUUAUCUGAUGACUUUGUUAAAAUUUUUAAUUGUGACCAACCUUUUUUAUUGGCCGAUUAUGCUAUUGAAAUAAUAUUUAUUAAUUAUGACAGUGAUUUGGUCCAUUCUUUUAUGCCUAAAUUGACUACUGUGAAUUUAUCGUCAAGUUCCUCAUCAAUGCUCAUUUAUUUUUUCAAUCGAUCCUGUAUCUAUUUUGAUAAGUUAAAAGAUAAAAUAGUCAUCGAUUCGUUAAAUAAAGACUUAUCAACAAUAAUAAUACCUAAUAUGUUAAAUGGUAAACUCUUAUCAAGUUAUAACAACAAUAAUGAUAAAAAUCAAUUAAUAUUAGCACUAGCCAAGUUUUUACAUUCAAUGUUAAAACUCAGUUCAAUUCCUAUAGUGAUCCAAACAAAUCCCUAUAAAGAUAAUUUUAUUUCUUUAAUGUCUGAGGUUUUUAAAAUUAACAGACUGCUUCAUAAAAAGAUUUCAAAUGCUGCAGAUUCAAAAUUAAUCUUUAAAGAUUUAGAUUCAUAUUCAAAUAAAGAUAAUAAGUUGUCCCAAGGAUCAUAUUUACACUCAUUUACACAACAAUCUUUGUUACCAGAUUUUGCAACAACACCUUCAUUAACUUCACCACAGUUUAUCCCUAGUCCAUUAUCCACAGUAAAAACACCAAUUUCUAAUCAUUCAAUGCAUCAUACAUCAACAAAUAAAUAUACCAAUAUGAAAUUGAUACGUUACUAUAAAAAUUUAUGGUUGAAUAGCAAAAUUAUGAAUUGGGAAACAUUUAAUGAUAAUUUCUUAUCCAAAUACAGUUCAAUUUCUUCUUAUGUCUUUCACAAACCUACCACUGUCAUGAGCCCCCAGAAUAAUGAGACAAUAUUGACUGAUCUAAUUGAAACAUCUUUUAUUUGUUUUGCACAAUAUGUAAGUAAUAAACAGUAUCAUAGAUCAAAUUCAAAUUUAAAUCUACUGGAAAGGCAAUGGAUGAUCUUCAUCUGUAAACAUUUACCUUUAUUAAUUUUACAGCAUUGUCCAGAUAACCCUCAAAUAGUAGUAAAUGCUUUAGAAAGCAUUGAUACUAAAGUUAUCAAGGCAAUAAAAUCAUAUUACUCCGAAAAAGAAGAUAUUAGAAAUAGAAAUGAAGACCUAUUUGAUGAUUUUUCCGUUACUAGCUUUGAUAUAAGACAUGAUUUCAUUAAAUCAUUAAUUAUGUUGGGAUUACAACCACCAACACUAAUCAAUGAAUUUUUACGAGAGGAUCAACUAAUUGAUCCUAAGACUUUACAAACUUCUGAUGAUGUUUUAAUUACUACCUCACAAGGAUUUCAAGAGCCAUUGUCCAAUAUUACUAAUUUCUUAUUGAAUUCAUUGAAUUCCUUAGAAAUAGAAGCUGUUGGUAAUUUAAAUAAUGAACCAAUUAAUGGCAUUCAACAACUUUUAAAUGGUUUUGAAAACAUUGCACCAACAAAACAAAGAGAAAUUUCGUUAACAAUCGUAAAUAUAUUACAUCAAGCCAUUGAAAACUGUGACCAUCCUAAGAUAUCAAAAUUAUGUAGUUUACUAGUUUUUAAUUUUUCUCAUUCUUUAACAUUUAUAUUCACAUAUUGUUCACCAAAAGGGAUUAUUGAAAUGUUAAUGAAAUUUAUUGAUAAUUUGUGGGAUAAAUCUGUAAAAUUAAAAAAAGAAGAUGGCGAAAACUCAGAAGAAAAUAAUGAGUUAUCAUUUUCAUUCAAUUGGGUUUUAUUAUUAUUACUAUCCUGUUAUAAAAACUAUAACAUAUCUCUUCGUGACAUUGCACUAACAUCACCAAAUUUGAAACUGGAAGGGUCGUUUUGCAUUAAAUAUCUUUCCAAAAUUCCUGAAAUUCUUGAUGAUUUUUCUAUUAAUGUUGAAGACAAACAAAAUCCAGAAGUUCAAACACAAUCACAUAAUCUAGUCCAAAGCUGGUUAACAGACUUAUUCAUAAAUGGCUCUCUAUCAGAUAAAUUGACCAAUAAUACUGAUACAAAGCAGCUUGCAGAGUUACUCCCUUUUAUUUUAAAACAAGUAUUCUAUGCAAUAGAAAUGAAUGUAAUUAAUGAUAUAAAUGUUAUUAUUAGUGGAUUAGAAUAUUUUUUACAACCUUUUAUGAUUGUUGGAUUAUUAAAAGUUAUGUUUUGGUUUAGUGAAUAUUUGAUUUAUCUUUACAAUGAACCUAUUUCAGAUGAAUUAUUACAAAGGAUACUUACUACAAUAAAUUCAAUUAUCAAUCCACCAACAUUAAAUGAGGACACCAAAGCUUUCCAUAAUGCUGUAUUAAGAAUAAAUGCAGUAUCAACACUAAGCAUACUCAGAAAGUUCAAAGAAAGGCAAGCCCAAUCAAACUAUGGUGUCUAUUCAUCUGAUUUCCAAGAUCGCUCCGUAUUAGAUCUUCUAAUCGAAAAAUUUACCAACGUUUUAAACAUAUCACCAGUAUAUAAUGUAGAUCCAAGAGUCUUUCUAAAUGACUCAAUGUACUCUCAACAAAAGCCAAUAAGUUAUGGUAAAUUGUCAAUCCUCAAUGAAAAUCCAAUUAAUAAAAUAAUGGCAAAUCAAAUUAACUCAUUUUGGAAUUUACACAGUAGUACAUAUUAUAAUCUUGAUUUUCUGAAGGAGAUUAUCAAAUUAGUAACACCUAAAAAUUUCCUGUAUGAUGUAUUAGAAACAUUGGACUACAAAUUAAAAACCUUUGGUGUACCAGUAGCUAGAAAUAAAAUGAGUUCUAUUGAAUCUGAACAAGUAUUGGAAUACUUUUUAUAUUUCCUUGUGUUACAUGACUGUGAAUCUCAAUGGGAUGCAGCAAGUAUGAUUAAUUUAUUAACAGAGAAUAGCAAUGAGAAAAACAUUGAUAAUACAAUAAAAGAAGAAACGAUAGAAAAGCAAGAUAUACAACCUAAAACGGAAACAAUUCCAGAUGACGAUUUCGACAUGCUAUUUGGUGAAAAUGAAACCAGUACCCAAGGCAUCAAUAAUGAUAUUCUACCUGCUGGUAUGGAACUAGAAGAUAAUUCAAAAAAGUUAAGUGAAUUUAAUGCUUUAAAGAGAGACUCCUUUGGUAUACUUCUUCAUGAAUUAAAACCACAACAAGAAGAAGCAUACCACAACAAAGAGCUAUCGAAAGAGGAAUAUGAGAAAUUCAAUAAGAUUUACACUCUAUAUUUAAAUAUGUUGAAAACAUGUGUUUUUUGA